UCUCGUAUUAAAGUUUGCUUUUUCAACAAAGACGCUUCCGCCACACACAACUAGUUUUUAUUGUUGGGCAAUUAAUUUUCUAGUUCAUCGGAUGACGAUACCGAUGGAAAACCGAAAAUUCUUCAAUCAAGAGGGGAAAGAGGCGAAAAACUUUUACCACCUGUCGGACGUCGGUGGCGAUUCGCACCGAAGUCCUCCAAAAAGGCCACCGAUAGGUAUUCGACAAAGACCGCCCCAUGUAUCCGAACGCCAGAAACCACCUGGUAAAUCCGGACCAAGAGUGCGAAGUGCUUCGACAGGACGAGAUAAAAAGUCAGAACUGCAGGCUCGUUAUUGGGCUUUUCUGUUCGGGAACCUGCAGCGAUCGGUAAAUGAAAUUUAUCAAACUGUGGAAUGUUACGAGAAUUUAUCGUCAUGCAAGGAAGCAAUACUGGUGCUUGAGAAUUAUAUUCGUGACUUCAAAGCGCUAGCCGAGUGGUUUAAAGUAUCCUGGGAUUAUGAGGCAACACCGUCGCCACAGAGACCACUCUCACUGGCAUGGGAAGUGCGCAAGAGUAAUCCAGUUCCACGAUUUCGAAAGCAGAUGUCUAGUCCAGGAGUAUCCGGAAAAUCAAGCCCGAGCUUCUCUGGGAAAAAUAGCCCUUGUUUGAUGAUGGAAGAACACGGGUCUCGGAAAGCCCACUCUUCGACGGAAAGUUUGAACCGAAAGGCUCCUCAAACGGUUAAAAUGAACAAUCGAAGUGAUACGAAGGAUUGUCUUGGCCAGCCAUCCGAUAUAGCAACUGAAUGCAAUGGCGCUUUAUUUGAAUCCUAUAUACUUAAGCUCGAUCAGUACACGCAAACGAAUCUGGAAGACGAGAAUCUCACUUUGGUCGAGUAUUUAGAGAAGUAUUCUAGGCAGCAACACAUCAGCAGUACCGCGGCUGUGCUGUGUGAUGAUUUAAAAAUCGAAGAUAUAUCAUUGGAGGAGAACAUACCAGGAGUUUCGCCAAAGAGCGACGAAAAAAAGAUUACACAAGACCAACAACACAAGGUACUUCAAUCGACGACGCGUAAGGUUUGCCAAACCCAAGCAAAACUUUCGUCAAGCGGUACGACCAAAUUACCAGCAACAGUUCGAUUGACACCACCAGCAACGAAGCCCUUGGGCCCACCACUAGGCAAGGUAUCCGCUGUACAAAAUUCAAGAACGCGACCCGUACAGGUGGGUCCUAGUACAACUGGAGCAAUAGUGAGAAAAUCUGGCGCAUCUUCAGUUUUAGUUCACAGUACCUUCAAAUGUUCCACGAAUCCUCCAUUAAAGGGUGCAACAUUCCCAUCUCUUAUACCACCUUCAAUUAGAAAUCGUAAUGGCAUUAAGCAACAGGACAAUUCUAAGGCCUGCACAUUCGGUGGUUCGAAGAGUAUUACAACGAGCCAUUCGCGGAUGGGAAUGCGUUCGAAAACGAUGAUUGAGGUUUCAGCAGUCGGUCGAUCGAAACAAUCGACAUUUAGUGCCGUUGAUCCAAGGCGGAAAUCAAUGAUGCAGUUAUCACAGUCGAAUAAUCGCUCAAAGGAUGAUGUAUACAGCUCAAGCUCGACAUUGAAAGCUGGGUCAAGUGAAUGUUUGGGCUCAAGAACUUUCAAUACUAACACUGCUGGAACAGAACGAAAACCUCCUCCAAUUCCAGUUUUGUUAAACAGGACAGGGCCCUAUUCAGAAAAAACGGGCAGUAAUGAUGGGUGGUACACGGUAAAAACGAAACGACGAUCUAGUUUAUUGUGGACGACGCGUUUUAACCAACCGUCGGGUUACGCAAGCUUACCUACGCUCGCACUGCUCAACGAACAUAAUACUAAUGGAUCGAUUGAUGAUGGGGUGAAAACGGCCGAGAAACAAUCGAAUGAUCCGUCAACCACAAGUGAAAGUGCCGUUGAGCAAACUACAUCAGGCGCAAAUUUAAAGCAAAAAAAUUCGACAAAGACACAGAUGAAGAUUAACAAUAAACCGCUUUCGGCGAUUGCUUCAGGUGGAUCAAAACUGAAUAAACCAUCAUCGCUCACGCCGCAAUUAAGUAAUUCAAGUCUUAAAACUGGACAGCACCUGUCGGGUACCCCUCAUAAAGGACCAGUGUCUCGCCAAAAGUCAGAUUUAACGGGCCUAAAACUUAAAACCCUGCACAAGGAAUUUCUGCGCAAUCAGAAAUUAAAAUCAAAAGGCAACGAAAAGCAAAGGCAGGUCCUACAGCAACAGAAGAAUGACUCGUUGGAAACAGAGAACUUUGUGCAAAGAGAUGGUGAGCCUUGUUUGGAAUACGAUCAUCAUUUACAACAACUAAAUAAGGUGGACAUGAAUAUACAAACUAAUUUGGUAACGAGAACCAUCGAGAGUUUAUAUGCGUCGUGUUUACAAGAAACAUCGGAUGUACAAGGUAGUAAUCAAAUGGUGAUGGAAUUUAGAAAGCUCAUGGGUCAGAGUACAAGUGACGAGCAGGAAGAACAGGAACGAUACGAUAUGGAGAGCGACGAAGAUCAGCGAAAGCUGCUGGAGGAGCAAGAAAGCCUAGAGGCACAGAUUCGUGAGCUGGAGAAUACUGAGAUAGAUUUCGACACUGAAACCGACGAAACGGACUGUGAAGCGAUAAUCGAUUUCGAGGAUACCGAUGGUACAGCCGAAAGUGGAACUGAACGAUCGAAUGGUUGUAAUGUGCCGCAUGGAAACGGGGCCGGAGGUGACAGUGCUAACCCUAACAAUGCAGAGAACGAUGAAGAUAUUACCCUGGAAAUGCGCUACGAAGCUGUCUUGGCCGAGAUGAGUUGGGUAGAAAGAGCACGUACUCUAGAUACUCUCAAGGCCAUUGUCGCCAGACACCCUGGUCGCGCCCAGCAGUUGCACGCCAAACUAUCUAGUCCUUCUCGGCGUAGAUCGUUGCACGAAACAUUGAAAAAGUAUCAAGCGAAGCAGACACGUGCUUUGGAGAAGCGACAAGCGUUACAAAAAGAGAAAGCAGUAAAAAUUCAACAGCUUUUAGCACGUGUCGAAGAUGUGAAAGCGGCUAAACAGUGCCUAAUCGAAACAAAGCGGCUACGGAUGGAAGAAAGACUUCAACGAGCAGCCGAAAAUCGUUCGCAGUAUUUAAAGGAUAAAAUAAAAAAAGCUCACGAUGAAGAAGAGAAGCUCAAGGAGAUCGCGUUUAUUAAAAAUUUGGAGGCGCAAAACAAGCGGUUGGAUUUCAUGGAAUCGUGGAAGGAACAAGAAGGACGGUUGCAAGAUCUUGAGACAGAGCGUCAGAAAAGGGCGGAAGAGAAAGCAGCAAAAGAAGCGGCUGUUGAGCGUCGUCGGCUGGAAAUCGAGCAAGAACGACUUAAGAAGUUGCAGCAAAUGAGCGAAAAUCGGCGUGAGCGUGAAAAACGCGUUGGUAAAAUGCAGGAACAAAAAGAACGCCAACGGCAGGCAUUGGCGCGUGAAAAGGCUCGUGAUCGAGAGGAGCGAUUGCAGGCUCUUCAAGCACUGAAACUAGCUACUACAGAAGAGCUUCAUCGAAAAAUUAUUCAAAAACAACAAGAAUCUGCUCGACGACACGAGGAAAAUAUAGAGCAAAUUCGUCAGCGUGCCGUGGAACUUGCAACGAUACCGAGCCGGAGUAUCGAUGAGUUGCGCAAUGACGAUCAUGAUGAAAAUACAUCCAGUGUCAGCGAGCGAGAAGGUUCGUUUACCGGCGUGAUGUGUAGUUCAGAAGGAAAGAGAAAAAUUAAUCGAAAAAGGGUGAAAAGGCUGCGACAAAAGCUGACCAGCGCUGCCGAGGAGUAUCUGACCGAACUAAACCCUUUGACACCAUCAAUUCGAAGGCAAAGUCAAGUGCAGCGUUUGCUUGGGAUUGUCGCCAAAGGUGGAUCGGGAACAUUAGGAGUAGAGAGACCAAUUGGCCAGUUGUUGCGAUUAAUUGCAAAAGCAGAAGUGGCAGAUUUUCAGUCUUUGUGGCUUCUAGAUGGUUUGGGCACAAUUGCCAAUGUAAUUGAAAAUGGUUUAUGUCCGGGUACAGACGUUUCUCGAAAAGCGGUUGUUCUUUCGGUGCAAUUAUUUCGAAAUGCCUGUACCUUAUGCCCUCAAAUUGCUCGUCACGCUAUUCUGGGCAAUUCUAUCAUGGUUUUGUUGGAUGCUUUGCAAAGUUCCAUGAAGUUGCCCGAGGAGAAGAUCCCCAUGUUUCCUGUGGAAUUAUCAACGGAGCUCAUACUAGCGUGUACGGUGGCUCUUGUGCCGUGUAAUUCUUCGCAGAAGCAGACGACACACCCAAAGGUUGCCGAACGUCUUCCUGAUCUUCUAAGCUACAUUGUUGCGACGGGACUAGUAGAAACGUUAGUGAAGCCUAUUAGUAACGUACAGGAAUCGAUCGAGAAUCAGACAAGUCUUGUUCUUACGUUACUUGCGUCGUUAGGUCUUUUGACAAAGCUGAUUGAAAUCUGUCCUCAAGGGCCCGACACUACUAAAUUGUUACAUACAGCUCAGUGCACGGAACUGUUCGGUACAGUGUCUUUAUUGUACUCGGCAAUCGUGCCUAUCGGUGAAAGCAUUCCUCCAAGAACCACAUCUCUAGCAGCGGCUGCGUUUAAUCUUCUGGUGAACUUUGCCAACCUGGACAUAAAAGCGUUCCAGGCAGUAUUAAUGGAUCAAACCGUGACUCUCAAGUUCCUUGAUGUCAUCAGUAUACUGUUGAAAUACUGUGCCCCAAAGGCGGACAUCAAAAGUGAAACACAGACUGUGAUAAUCGACUUAACAGCAGCUUUAGGUUUUUUCUGUGCCAAUAGUAAAAUGAACCAGGAUUUAUUAACUUCGGACCAGUAUUCGCACGUGAUUAAAAGCUUAGCCAAACUUCCAAGACAGUUCGAUGUGAUAACUUACCCAACUCUGGUGGCGAUGAUACACGAGAACCCGAACGCCCGAACUGUAGUUAGCCGAGACUUUAACGUUCAGCUGCUGGAAGAGUAUAAAUCCUCGGAUAUGGCUAAGAAGAACCGAAUCUUGUGUCUUAUUUUGUAGACUAGCAGACGAUAAGACAAUGCUGGUUUUUAUUAGCGAGUAACGACGCAAGUAAAUAUGCAGUCACGUUAAGGUUCUUUAUGAGAUGCUGAGAAAAGGGCAUUUGUUUGAAAAGUUAUGAUAUCAUCGAAUCACAAUCCAAUCUUAACUCAAAAAAUGGUUUCGCAGAUUUCUUACGAGCUCAAUAUUAAAAAUCUCUUUGUUUGCAUGUUUAGUUUUUGCACAUUCAAUUAAAACAAGUUAGGCUGGCUACGGAGGUCCCGUUCAGAUGAGCGAGCGAAUUGAAUUAUUCUUUAAAAAUGAUUUUAAAAGUUUUUCGACUAAAUACAUGGAUAAGCUUUACUAAUCGGAAAUUCAAACAACACGAAACUGACACGCUUCCAAAUUAUUGUUAACAUAUUGCAAAUAUACCAUACAAAAAAUAGACUUCAUCCGUUAAUUAUUAUUUUGUCGUUGCGCUUUGCUGUGAUUCAUUCUUAGUAACUAGUUGUUUAUCGAAACUAGGAUAUUACAGUGUAUAGUGCUAAUAUCAACUGAACGAAAAUGGACGACAUUCUACAAAUUUCAGAAUCGGGUUUGUGGUGAUAGAUUUCAAUCAGUUAGUUUUGUGUUUUUUAUAUAAUUAUUUCUUUCGUAUUACUCGUAAAUGCUGUUUUACUUAAUAUCUCAUGUUCUACUGCAAAUUCAAUAUUGGUACUAUAAUUUUGUGAAGUGAAAAUGAACACCAAAUAAAUAAAACGCCUUUUUACCGAUA